AUGUGCAUUUUUAAGUGUAGUAGAGGUUCAGCUCGUUUUUUAAUGGAUCCAUUAAGAUAUUAACCUUUAAAUUGUGAAUUAUGUCGUAAACUCAAAAAAUUAGAUAACUUUUAAUUUUGUGGAAGGUUAUCUAUUCUAUAUGUAAACUUUUAAAAAUUUCGAUCAGAUCUAUUGCCCUAUUUGGUUGAAAUAUAUUAAAAAUCCAACCAUAUUCAGUGUAGAUAUUGUAAUCAAAAAUUCUUUUUGGAUCAAAAGGACAAUCAUCUAUUUGUUUCAAAAUUUACAUGCAGUCAUGAAGAAAUACGUUAAAUUAAAUAAUGCCCAUUUUGUAAAAUAUUAAAUUAGAGGAAAUCCUACUAAGAAUGUAAAAAAUGUAAACUAGAUCUCUUAUUUUUUAAUAAAUACAGAGAAGUGCAAUGCCCAUGCUGUAAAAUCGUAUAUUGUGAAAUGUGUAAAAAAGAAAAACAAUUGUUCUAGCAAAAGUUCUGUAAUUGUAGAAUUAUUAAAUACUCGAAGGAUGUUAUCCUAUUUUAAUUCUUAGUUAUUGCUCUAAUUUUCCUUAUAAUUUUGGUUUUAAUAGGCUCUAAUUACCUGGAAGAUUCCGAAUUUUAUUAAUCUAUUAAAUGUACUAUUAAGGAUGGAUAUUCAAAUGUUAAUUGUACAUUAGAAUAAUUAUUUUAUGAUACAUUUAAAUAAUUCAUAUUGUUUAUUGGAAUAACUUUUUUAAUUAGUCCUGGCGUUGCUUUAGUGGAGAUCAUUAAUUUGUUAUUUAAAGCAUAACGACGGCUCUCAAAAGCUUAAAUGAGAAGAUUUUGA